GUCAUAUGUCAAGGACGGCCUAUUUAUAAGCGUCGAACAAAACAAACUCCGGGACGGGUGUACACAUAGACUGUGUUUAUGUUUUAAACGUGAGAGGAUCUUAAGUUCUGAGGAUGAAACCACGGCCAAAAGUAUACAUCACAUAUCAUAUCCCACAGAAAGGGAUUGAUACUUUACUCAAAGCCUGCAAUGUAGCGAUUUGGGAUGGAAAUCAGGCUGUACCCAGAGGUGAACUUGUCAGCAUGGUGAAGGGUGUUGAUGCAAUUUGGUGUACAGCCGAGGAUAAAAUCGACCGAGAGUUACUUGAAUCGGCAGGCCCCAAUCUCAAAGUCGUCGGGACAAUUUCUGAGGAUCUCGGGCACAUCGACACCGAAGAAUGUCAUCGACUGGGUAUCAAGAUCGCAACCCCACCCAAGGUCUCCAUGGAAACCGUAGUCGACCUGACCAUCGCCAUUCUGCUACAAGCGACGUCAUCAGAUUCUCCAACAAAACUUAUUCCAGAGGUUACAGACGCCAAUCAGAACCACAUGGUUUUUCCAGGCAAGACUCUGGGGAUUGUGGGAUUUGGUAAUGUGGGUCACGCUGUUGCCAAGCGACUAAGCUACAUGGGCGUUAACCGAAUCAUGUACAAUGACAUUUCGGAGGUACCAGCUGCUGGUGAAAUUUGUGCCGAAUAUUGUUCAUUUGAAAAGCUUCUAGAGGAAUCCGACAUCUUGUGUUUGAGUUGUAAGCCGACUACACAAUCCUGGAACCUAUUUAAUAAAGACGCUUUCAAGCGCAUGAAAAACAGUGCAAUUUUGAUUGACGCUUCUAGAGGGCAUACUAUCAACUACGCCGACUUAUACGAGGCCCUACGGAAGGGAGACAUAUAUGCUGCAGGACUUGAUGUUCGAGAAGAAGGACAAAUCUCCUUCAAGGCGCCCCUACAGGGCCUCAAUAACUGCCAUUUCUUCCCCUAUCAAGAGGUCAACCACACUUGGGACAACCGAAGUCGGAACUCUGGCGUCUUGGCCCAGGGCAUCUUGGCCAUGUUGACCAAUAAUUCUUAACUUAAGUGCCAAAUACCGAUUUCACAUUUUUUUCUUAUCUUUGAGAAAUUAUGGAAGUUUUUGCUUUGGAAAGCAUUCCCUGAAUUAAGGAAAUAAUUAAGACAUUAAACUACAUCUCAGCGAUGUUUUCUCAAGAAAAAAGCUUCAGAAAUUCCAUUAUGUUAAAGAAUGUUCUCAUAACUUGGGUUGGAUGUUGAACUUUACUUAACCCUUACAACCCUAGGUAACAUUAGUAGACUCUACCAUACAUUUAUCUGGAUAAGUCUAUUAUGGUCUACAGUGGUGAAAGGGUUAAAAGUGAUAUUUUUGGUUGGAGGAAUGAUGGCUCCGGAUUGAUUUUAUUUGUAAGGAAGAAAUCGCAUCACUUUCUGUUUAUUUUAUUUGAAGAGUUUCGAUCUUCUAAGACACAUUAACACUAUUGACACAAUUGCCGGAAGUGAUGAACACUAGGACGUCAUUUUAUGGGAGGUGUUUAAUAUCAGCUAUUUUCAGGGUCAUAAUAUGUGCGUUUUUUUAAAAAACUUUUCUUUUAUCUCCUGUAGAUAUGAUUAUAUUACUAGUCCUCGGUUUUUGCUUACCAACGGUCAAGAUCCGCAUUAUAUCGAGGAAAUGAUAGUAACCGGCGUUUCGCAACCCUUGGUAAGCGAUGAUCGUUUUCUUCCUUCGAAAUAAGAUCUAUGGUUCUAGAUCUAUUAACUUGGUCAUUAUUUUUAACAUUAACGGUUUAAAAGUUUUUAAAAAUGGGAUUUAAAUAACUUGAGCAAUGAUCUCCUCUCUACAGGAGAGAUUCUUGUACAGACACUGAAACAUAUUGUAAAUGUUAUGAGAUGCAUUGUGUUCAAUUUUUACGCUUUUGAAGCGAUGGGUAUGACGUCAUUUUAACAGUAAAUACACUCCUACGUCAUCGGUUAUUUUUACUUAUCAUAUAUUUGAAAGUGCGAUAUCGAAUUAUAUCAGUCUGGAAAAAGUUAUAUCUUUCAUUGAUGAACUACCGGCAAACCAGUCAUAGUGACUGUAUAAAAUGAGGUCACAGACUGACCUCGUUACGUUUAAGCAUCCUCAAAUACAUUGUUUACCAUGUUUUCUUUAUAAAGUUUUAGCCAUUUGUUAUAAUAAUAACUUGUAUUUUACAUUGCAAUACACUUCUUUCUGUAUCAUUUGUAUGAAGUCCUGGACAUUCUAAAGGUUACGCUCACUGGAGACACGGUAGUUGAGUAGUAGGACGCCGGGCUCGUGACCGAAGGGUCGCGGGUUUGAGUGCCGUCACGGCACUGUGUUGUAUCUUUGAGCAAGAUACUUUACUCUGCUUGUUCCAGUCUACUCAGCUGUAAAUGAGUACGUGUUUGGGCAGUGCUAGAUUUGUUGAAUGCUAGCCGUGAGCGCCGAAAUGGCAAUACCGACUGUAUACUACUUGGGGAGUUGAAGAAGAUAUUGACUAGUUGCAAAGGCCCUAUAGCCACGGAUUAUAAUUUGAGAACCGCUUUGAGACGGCCUACAAACUAGGUUGUAAUAGAACCUCGAAUUAUUAUUAUUAUAAUUAUUACUUAUGACCCCUGGUAUUUUCAUGAUGUUUAUAUGAUGUAGAAACUGAAAAUAAAAGUUUCAGCGAGCAGUGUUCUAGUAUGCAAUAUUGCUUCCAUAUAGCAUAUAUAGCAGCCAAGCAUAUUAAUAUGCAUGGACGCCUUUGUGCUGGUACUUGCAGAAAUUGAGGGAGAGAAAAGGUUUUUUUCAUGCAUAAUGCUAUGUUGACGACAACUUUACCAGAGUGCCUGGCUCCUGUAGAUUAGAAAAAUAUAUACAUAAUCGCACUUGGUUUGUACUUGUAUGUUAAUCCAGAUGAUAUAUCGAUAUAUGUAAUUGUAUAGGACUUCAUACUUGUACUGUAUGACUUAUUUACAUAAAUGUGAUAUUGUAUAAGGAUUAAACAUGUCACUCCUGUUAUACAGUCGGAACUGCCAGGUUUAACACAUACGUGUUUUGAAUGCACUCGAUUCCAACCGGUUUUAUUUGAAUCCAACGCCCGGUGUGUCUGCGGGUUUUUUCAUGUUUACCACGACUUCCACAUAGCGAGGUUCAGAACUUAAGGAUCCCGGUGCCACUGCCAAAAACUUAAACUAUGCACUGGAAACUGUUUUUCCAACAUGACUACAGUUUUGAUAACUCAUCUCUGAUAAGAAAAAAACCCAUGCCUUUCGGAACUGUUAUGAAAAAAUGAUAGGACAAAUUAAUAAACAAUUAAUCUACAUCAGUUCUCCGAUUGUAAAAAUGUAUUGAGUUCCUGGCCAGGAUUCGAUCCCCGGACCUGCGAAAAUUAAACCGUCUCUCCGACAAACCGAUCUAACUGUUUCAUGGUAUAACUUUACAUCCAAAAUGAAAUUAAGGGGAGGUUACUCUAAGCACGAAAUACUACAAUGGAAUUCUGUAAUGAUUGUUUUGUCUGCAGUGGGACAGGGAUCCUUAACUCAUUCACCCCUGAUAUUUCCUAAUGAACUUUUCCAAUCUUUGAAUUGGAAGAGUUCAAAUGUGUCUUCAAUGGUGAAUGAGUUAAAUGAUAACCCAUGUUAUAUGUGCUGUAUGUACACUGUAUAUUUAGUAUACCACACACCACAAUGACCUUUCGCGUUGACCUCUGAUUACCAUACUCAUUAAGGGUUAAUUAAUAUUCCAUAAUUCAGUAGAUGUAUUUUUUAAAUACGGUGAUUAGCCAAGUUAGAGGUGAAAUAGUCAGGAAGAGCUAGUAAGUGUACAAUGUACUCAUACACAUGAGCAAUGAGCAGGUGGGCAUACCUGAAAAUAAAUGCAGUCGCCCCAUGGGGAUAACAACACAAAUGUCAACGCGAUAAGUCAUUUUGGUCUGCUUAUGUAAACACGGUGUGGAUUCUUUAUGAAGAAGAGAUAAUAACAACAAAUAACAUCAUUAGAAUAGCCGUUGUUUUUUUUUACGCUUUUUGUAUAGUCCCAUGUCCAUUUGACCCUAUUCAUUAAUAUUAAUAUUUCGAUUAAAAAUCAGUUGUAUUUCUCAACUUUUAACCAUCAGCUAACUACAAUCUGAGCAGAGUGUCUUUACAGCUUGCAGAUAUUUUAUGUUGAUGUAUGAAUAUAUUUCCCUGCAAUGUUGUUUCAACUUUUCAUAACUGGAGAGUAGUGUUGCUAAUAAACUAUUUUAAAAUGAAAACAGAGUAGGUGCGCAGUUGCUAUAUAUAGCCUGAUGUGUUCAGUUUUAAAAUAUAUUAAAAUGCAUUUCAUAUCUUUUUUGUACACAGACAUUAAUAAAACUUCAACAUCUUGAUUUUAUAUAUAUAAUUUUUUUAAUUUCAAGAAUCUCAUUUGAUUAUUUUAAUUUCUUUGUUUUACUUAUCACGCUUUGAAUGCUAAAACCUUUCAUUUUGUUAGUUUUUGUUAUGCAGGUGACAUUGACUCAUAUUACCCGCCUGUCAUAUGAGUUGAUUUUGUUACAUAUAUAAUUUGACACGUUGUACAAAAAAACUCUGUUAAUCGGUGGGUGGUCAAAUCUGAAUGCAAUCAGAAACCGGCGGCACUUUCCGUAAAAAAACCCAUUUUUUUCUCGUUUACGGAAAGUGCCGACGUUUACCGAUUGACCUGAAUUGAGUUGUUUGUUUUGUUAGUCAUUUUUUAUAAUAAGUGGGAGUUAUCUCCCUUAGAACACGCGUAUAUAUUUCACGGCUUACGGGUUUAUACCAACUGCCUUUGAUAGCAACAGAGAAAACAUGGUCGAGUGGUUAACUUUAUGUUAUUUGAUUAUAUAGUUGGUCUCUUAAAGAGCCUUAGAUUUGUUCCGUGCCUCCAUAGACUGUAGACAGAGCAGUAUACAACACAGGGACCAGAUAAAUUCAAUAAUAUUCAAUAAUUGUAUUGCUCAUUUAUAGUUACAAAGUAACUCGAAGGCAAAUAACAAAACAUUAGUAUAAUGGUCGUGGGCACAGGGACAUGAUAAUCAAUUACAGUAUGCAUAAUUAGACCUGUACUGCUGACAAAGAGAGUUAUAUAAGUCGUUAUAGGGACAUUUGUAUCGAGUGUUAAUACUACCUCUAACACGCUAGGAAAGGGCCAAACAUACUAUUUUGAUUCAUUCUUAAGUCCUUUUGGUCAUGGACUUAGAUUGUACCAGUGACGGACUUUAGAAGGUUGGAGGCAAGGGACUUAAACCCUAACCCUCUUCUUUUACCGUAAACUUGACGUUAAGUCGAACGUCUUUUACAUGCCUUUAGAAAACCUUCAUUCCUCACUGGUAUAAAUAAUGUAUACCGCCCCUGUGUUACGUUCUCAUAGACACAUUCUUAGAUAUUUAAAUAGUAAAUGCUAAAUGAUGUCAUAUGUUCUGAUCACGAGGGACCAGCUAGCGGCAUUGUAAAGAUGACAGGUAGAGGUUAAGACACUUAAGCACGGAUAAUGCACGUGUCUGUAUGCACAAUAUCACGUGACUUGUUGCAAUUUACAGAUUGUAUGACUCUCUGUAUGUACAAUUAUAGAUGCCAUUGUUUUAUAAAAAUAUGUUUUUAUUAUCGUAGAUAAAUUUAUGUUGCUUUCUUAAUUAAACAUUACAAAGUUGAUACUUUUA